CUAAGCAACGAGGCAACAUUCACAGUAAAUGGUUUGACAAUCUUGAUGAAGACAGAAGAGAGAAUGAAAUCAACAAACUUCUGUCUUAGCACUGAAGGAGCAGAUGUUAUUCUAGCGACAUCAAGUGAUGAAAAAUACCCUCCAGAAAAUAUCAUUGAUGGACGAACUGAAACAUUUUGGACAACAACUGGGCUGUUUCCGCAGGAAUUUAUUAUUUGUUUUCAUAAAUGUGUAAUUAUAAGCAAACUCACAAUCCAGUGUUAUUUAGUGCGGACAUUACGGAUUGAAAAAAGCAUGUCUAAAGAUCCAGUAGAUUUUGAACACUGCAUUGAAAAAGACCUGGACUAUAAAGAAGGGGAGCUUCAAACAGAAGAAUUUUCUUUUCCUGAAUUCCAGGCUACACACUUGAGAUUCAUCAUUUUAUCUGCCUUUGAUACUUUUGUGUCAGUUCAUAGGGUAACAGCUGAAGGAAUAGCACGAGAUAUUUAAAACCAAGGUUGAAGUGCUGCAAUCAGAAGAAGAGUAAUAAUAUGGUACUG